CUGGGACUUUUAGUUCUAAAUGGCGGGCUGUCGUGUUGACAAUAUAACUAAGAAAACUAGGAAAGCAUGAACUGCUUUUUUGAAACUAUCCUCUCGAAUUCAGCAUAAAUAUUGGUUUAAUUUGGGUUUAACUAAGAUAUAAUUGCGUGGAUAAAGCUGUGAUAUCGCAAAACGCUCGUCUGGUCCGUAUAAAAUAAACAGGAAGUUAUUAGCGUUGUGGGACGUGUAGUUCCGGCAGCAGGCCGCUGAAGGCGACAUCGCACAGGAUAAAGAAAGGGCAAUAAAAUAGUCAGAAUUAGACCUGUGGGUUGACUUUUUGGACUUGGCGUUUGUAUUAAGAUGCCUGGGUUCACCUGUUGUGUCCCGGGCUGCUACAGCAACUCACACCGGGACCGGGAUCUACGCUUCUACACAUUUCCCAAAGACAACACGCUGAGGGAGCUGUGGCUGAGGAACAUCUCCCGGGCCGGGGUCAGUGGCUGCUUCAGCACCUUUCAGCCCACCACGGGUCACCGCGUCUGCAGUGUGCACUUCGUAGGCGGGAGGAAAACCUACAGCAUCCGAGUACCGUCGCUUUUCCCUCUGAGGGGUGUGAAUGAGCGCAGGAUUCGACGAGGCAGGGGCAAGAAGGUGUCGACCGCGGCCCCAGGAGCCCCCGUCGCCACUGCAGCCACCACCGGGAUUGUCAUCAACACCGUGUUGGGAAACACGGCUGACGGUGCCGAGGCCAACGCCGGUGGCGAGGCCAUCGACGAAAGCAUCACGGUGGUUCAGAUCGGCCAAAACGGGGAGUAUCUCGGCACGGCGCGGCUGCCCGUGGCGACAGAGGGGUCUUACACCGUUUCCAAUGAACUCACCGCCGACGACUCCUCCGCUGAGGGGCAGCAGCCGCUGAUGCAGUACGUCAGCGUCACCAGUAGCCCACUGGACCACUCGUACUCGCUGACCACCGGCACCACGUCCACCGAGUUGCUGCGCAAACUCAACGAGCAGCGAGACAUCAUCGCCCUCAUGGAGGUGAAGAUGAAGGAGAUGAAGGCCACCAUCCGCCAGCUCCGGGUGGUGGAGGCCAAGCUGCAGGAGGAGGUGCGGGAGCGGGACCGGCUGCUGUGCAGCGCCUCGGUAGCUCCCAAGAAAAUAUAAUAGGCGAACUCUUAUAGACACAAGGACACAUGAUGAGUAUUUGUACAAAAAUAUUGUAUUUUCAACAAGUAUAGAGCUGAUUUUCGUAGCCCUGAUGCAUAAAGAUAUCUAGUGUGUAGCUGGUAGUAAAGCUGACCUGCUGCUCAAUCGUGAUCUUUAACUGCUAUGGAAUCCACCAUUAUUUAACCCACCAUACACUCAUACUUUGCAUAGCAAGUUAGACUAAUAUUUAUGAGUGUCAGGAAGGUUGCAUUCUUAUGAUUUUUGUUCAUUUGGAAUUUAAGCAAAUAUGGAAAAAAAAACACCAAUACGAUCUGAUGGCACACCGCCUUUUAUGGCAUACUUAAUGACAUCUACAACAUAUCACAGGCCCUUUUCAAGCCACUUUCAAUUUGGGAGUGGUUGCAACAUACUAACAUACAACUUAUGUCUAUCGUAAGUGCUUGUUUUUGUGCGAUGGAUGCAUCUAAUGUGCCUGUUUAUGUUCAGAUGUUUCCCAACUCUUACAACGCGUGAUAUUAUUAGUGGCUGAAUUUCUCUGUUCUCACAAGUGCUUUAAAUGCACAAUAUGUUACAAACAUACAUUUUUGAUCUUUAACUGACAUGUGUGCCCUGCUUUCAAUUUGAAGUAAAUUACAUUUUGAAAUAGAUCUGCUUCAUGUAGUUCUUUCAGAUCAUCCACUUCAAGUUUGCAAUUUUGAAGGCAAACCUGCACAGCAUAUUGUGAUCAACCUGUACAGUAUCCUCAACAUGCUUCAGCACUCAUGGUCAACUGGAAUUCACGGUGUUGCAGUGUUGUUUCCUCCCUCUAGAUGGCAGUAACCUCACAGCAGCUUGGAAGGUCCUUUGCUUGAUGGCUCCCAUCUGGAAAUGUUGACGUGGUAAAACAUAUCAUUAAACUGGUAUCCUGUUCUUCAAACCUGAGCUCUAUUGAUUUAAACACCUGCAAUAUUAAUAAUGAUAUGUGUCAAGAGGAAAGCCAGCAAGAGGUUGUUGAUGGUGAGUACUGAAGAGAGGGGGAGGGCUCAGACCCAUAAUCCCAUUUGGAUUUAUUUUGUAUUUUUUCACUUCCCACCCGUGUUGCAUAAUGCCUUAAUCCAAGAGCUGUCAAUCAUAUGUACGCAACUCUUACUUCCUUUUUCAAUGGCGGCCAUUGUUGCACCGCAGCUGUUUACGUUCUGCCCCAAUACAAUGAGAAUUAUGGUCAUUUUGGUUGUAUUAUUGAAUUUUCUUCUCUGUUUUUCAAGCUCAGCUACACUCAUUCACGCCAUGAGGUACGCUCGUAGGAUUGAAAGGCCGGCACGCUGCUAAGUGUACCUCUUCAUCUGGAAUGGCAGCAUAUUUGUGUACAGCAUACAGAUGUGAACCAGGAUUUACACUAAUGCACAGUGUCAGCCAUCUGUGGAAGAGCUGUAGCAUGGGGUUUGGAGGCCAAGAGGUAUAGAGGAAGGGGAUGUGAAGCUAAGGGUGCUCCGCUGCCAUGUUGAACCCUCAGGCGGGCUACAUUCUCUUGUCUGCUCAUAUCAAGAAAAACACUCAUAAUCACGUACCCACCUCUGAUCAUCACAUUUGAUAGCAAUGGUUCUAAAUACUAAAGACCGGAAAUUAGAAUGCUUUAAUCCAGCGUGCUGUGUUGGGAUGUGUGCUGCCAUUGGUCCAGCCCUCUCGUGACGCACACACCCACACCCACACACACACACGCACGCACACACACGCACUAAUCCAGU